AUGUCAGAUAUAUGCCUACCGACUUCAGCUGCAGUCCCUCAACUACCGGCCUACUAUUUCAAGAAUGAUGAUGUUGAGUUCAAUAUGGUUGAUGGUGGAGCGGCCGCUGACCUACAACCUGCUAAUAGCUAUCUUCGAAUUCAGGAAUAUGAUCUGGAUCCUUCCGUGGACGAUCCUACUGAUGCUUCAAAAGAAAACAUGGACAAUCUUGAAGAGGCAGGGAAAAAAAUGUUGCAAGAAAAUGUUAAAAGGAUAAAUGUGGAUACUUUUGAUCUUGAAGAAACAAACGAUGGUACGUAUGCCGAGGCUCUUGACAGGCUGGCUAAUAUUUUGUACGAAGAGAAAGAGCUGCGCCUUAAAAGGAAAUCUAUGGAGAAAAGAGGAAGACCAUUUAUUGAAACUAUUUGAGUGCCUUUUGGUCGAAUCCUAGCAGCUUAGACAUUUCUAUAGCUAAUA